AUGAUGCAGCUGCAAAGAAGACAUUCGGAUGGAAAGGAGUUCGACUCGGACAUAGAAAGGUUGAUUAGGGACGACGAGCCAGAAAAGAAAAAGAGAUACCUCGUAGCGCAUAGUAUGUUGUUGUUGAUUCCCAUUUUGAUGAUAGUGUUGGUAUUUUUGGGGAUGAAGGGAGCGUGUGGAUAUAAGUCGGAGAUGUCAUCGACUGACCAAUUCAAGGUGGAGCAGGCAGAAUUGAUGCAUCGUCUCUACCACCAAAAAUCACAAGAAGAAGAAACAACUUACAUGCCUAGUAUGCGCUGGAACCGUAAGGGCCCUACCGCUACAAGUGACGUGGGUUUGUUGGACUUGGGCUCACUCAGUGAGUCCAAAACGGUAUCAGAAGAGAUUUUGAAGUUAGACGAUCAUAUCAAACAGAGCAACAAGCCCUCGGCCACUGCUAUAGAGUCCAACACUAUUAACGUGGCAUUUGACUUGAAAGAAAUGAUGCUGAUUUCUCCGGUGACCAUUUUACUCGACGACAAUGUGACUUCGUCUCCCGAAAAGAAUAAGUUCCUUGAGAUCUUGUUCAAAUCACUCAGCAUCAACCCAGAACCUAAAGUGGUUAAUUUGUCCAAGCACCCACAUCAUACUGAGAUAGUGGAUUACUUGCAUAACUACGCCAAGCACGAAUAUGGGACUUCGGAUGACGAGGUGUUCGAAGAUGACGAGGAUGAAGACGAACAAUCUUCUCCAGCUAAAGAGAUCCCUAGAUUGUUUGUUGGCGGAUUGCCAGUUGGCAGAUUUAACGAUAUCAUUGAUGAAUAUAAGAACAAUGAGUUAAUUGCUCAUUUAAGAGAAAGUGGUAAGGGGUUGAUUAAUGUUAACUAA